AUGCCGCAGCAGCACGGCGAGACGUCUCUGUGCACCCUCUUCGCAGACGUGCACUACUACUUCAGCCACCCGAACGCGAAGCCCGUCCACCACCGCUUCGACAAGAGCUCCUACGUCUACCUCUACUACAACCCGACCGACCGCCGCGGCCGCGUCGAGAUCGCCAAUUAUGCCGGCACCCCCGACCAGGACGCCUUCAUGGGCUAUCUCGACACCAUCCUGGUCAACCGCACGCAUAAGCAGCCCAAUCUCUUCACCAUCACCGUCGAUCCCUCCAAUGCGGGGAGCACGCCCAGCUCACCUCAGCAAGACUAUUCGCAAUGGCACCUCCCCGCCCCCGACCAGCGGAACGAAGGCAAAUACAUGUUCCGUCUGCACACCGUCGACCUAUAUAUGUGGACCGAGAGCGACGCGAACACACUCGUCGCCGCACUGCAACAGAUCCUGCAGCCCCACCAGUUGAGGAUACUGGACGCCCCCUCGCACAAGAGCCGCCACUCCGAACACUCCGAGACCAUGAGCCCCGUCGUCAAGAAGCUCGAGCAGAUGGCCGUCACCAAUCCCCACCAGUACCGCAGCAACAGCGUGAGCACCACCCAGUCUUUCCCCGGGCCUCCCACAAUGCCGGCGUCGUCGUUAGGGGAACCUCCACAGGAGCCUGCAUCAUACGCUCCCAUGGCAUACAAUCCGGCCGCUCCCGCCGCGCCCGAGCCCAUCGCUCACCGCGAGAAGACCCCGCCGCCCCCGGACGCGGACACGGGUCUGGCUGCCGCCGCGGCACACGAAGACGGUGCAGUCCACUACGGCAUGCAACAACAACAGCACCAACACCACGCCUCAUACCAGCAGCACCAACCCUACAUGCCCGGCCCGCCGUCAGCAACCCACGGCUCCUUCCCGCCGCCUCCCGCCCUGGGCCCGACGCCCACACAGCUCCAGCGCGCCUCCACCACAGGCUCGUUCCCGCCUCCGCCUCCCCAGGACGGCACGCCGCCGUACCCGCAGUCCUUCGCGCCUCCCCCGACGAACCCGUCGCCGUACGGCCAGACGCCCACCCCGACCCACCCCGGCAUGCAGCGCCAAGCCACCAUGCCCGCCGGCUACCCCGGCUACAACAACAACAACGCCCCACCGCCGCAUUCGCAGCCGCAGCCGCAGCCGCAAUACGCCAGCUACCCGCAGUCCCCCGGCUACGCCCCCGUCCAGUCCCCAGGCAUCUCGUCGCCGCUCCAGUCCCCCGGCGUCUACGGCGCCGCCGCGCCCUCGCCCGGAAUGCCCCCGCCCGGCGGCUACGCGCAGUACUCGUACGGCCAGCCGACGGCGCAUCAUCAUCAUCAGCAGCAGCCGCAGCAGCAGAGCCAGGCGGACGCGUAUGCCGUGCAUGGCCAGCUGUAUAGGCCGACGGAGCAGGAGGCCAACGUGAGGGGCCACGAGAGGCCGGCGGCACAGCAGCAGGUGGCGGCGGCGGGGCCGGGGGCGGCGGGGCCGGGCAAGUUUGAGCAGAGGGUGGAUCGGGUGGAGAAGGGGGUGAGUAAGUUUUUGAAGAGGUUGGAUAAGAAGUUGUGA